UGACUGGUAUUUGAGCUUAUGCAGGCCUGUGCGUCAUCUACCGAAACUAGUCCUCUUUCCAGAAGCUUAAAUGCUCAGCAAUACAGCUGCUCUUUUCACAGUAAACUCAGUGUUUUCAAAUGGCUCAGCGCAGUAAGCAAAAUGAUCUCUUUUUUCCCAUUGUAAGUCAUUUGAGGCUCCUCCUCAUCCUCCUCCUGACGAGACAGAGAUGGUGCUCUGCGAUCUCUGAAGAGGGAAGCAUUCUGCUGUGGAUAAAGGAGGAGAGUUGGAUUGACAGCCAUGGCGCACUCUCCAAUUGGAAUGUGUCCGACCGUAAUCCAUGCGCAUGGAACGGAGUACACUGUGACUCUGCCAUGGCUGUCACUCAAAUCAAUCUCACUGGUGCCUCGAUAUCUGGAAAUCUCACUUCUGCCAUAUGCGGUCUUGCAAAUUUGACCUCCCUCAUAAUCCAAGGGAACCAUUUCGGCGGCCUCUUUCCCAGUGCUCUUCUCCAGUGUAAGCUCUUGCAGAGGCUGGACUUGUCCUACAAUUUGUUCCAUGGAAGCCUUCCGAAUACCAUCCAUGAAUUGGGCGAGUUGAGAGUCUUGAAUCUGGCCGGGAAUGCUUUCUCUGGCCCCGUUCCCCCUGCUUUCGAACUGCUCUCAAAGAUUGAAGCCCUGUUCUUCCAUGAGAACAGCCUGAGCGGCAAAAUCCCUUCUUUUCUUGGCAAUUUGACGACUCUGACCAACUUCAGCAUUGGGGACAAUCCCCUGCAGCCCGGUGUGCUGCCAAGCGAGCUCGGGAAUUUGAAGCGGCUGCAGCAGUUGUGGCUAUAUAAUUGCACCCUCAUCGGAAAAAUCCCCAAUUUUUUCCUCAAUUUGACGCAAUUGGAGUCCCUGGAUAUGUCCAAGAAUCGUCUCUCUGGUGAAAUUCCAACCAGUAUAACAGCUUUAUCGAACAUGACAGAGUUGCUGCUGUGGGGCAACAAUCUAUCAGGGCAAAUUCCGGCGAACAUUGGCGAGCUGAGCAGCUUAUCCAUGUUGGAUCUUUCUGACAAUCAGCUGAGUGGCGAGAUUCCAGACGGAAUCGCGAACCUCACAUACCUGGAUACCCUGAAUCUGAUGCAGAAUCAGCUUACCGGCUCCAUUCCUGCAGGCCUUGACCAGCUUCAAUACCUGACAAGGUUAAAGCUCUUCAAUAACAGUCUCACCGGCUCUCUGCCCCAAAAUUUGGGGAAGAACUCCAACAUUUUUCUUAUUGACAUAGUAGGCAAUUACUUCGAAGGCCCUCUGCCGAAGAAUCUGUGUAACCAUGGAACGCUUUAUGGGCUGACCAUAUCUUCGAACAGCUUCAACGGAAGCUUGCCUUCAUCUCUAGAAUCCUGCAACAGUCUACAGUAUGCUCUGCUCAACGACAAUCGACUAAGCGGGAAGAUUCCAGAGUGUCUCUGGGGUUCCCCAAAUCUGGUCAGACUGCUCCUGCACAACAAUGAAUUCGAAGGCCCAAUUCCUGCUGCAAUCGGAAAAGCAAAGAAUCUGUCCAUGUUAUAUAUCGGUAGCAACCAAUUCAGCGGAAACAUUCCUCCACAGAUUGGAGAGCUGAAAAGCCUCCAGUAUUUCUCUGCGGGCAAGAACAAUUUGUCCGGGUCCAUUCCUCUAGAGCUCAUGGCUUUGCCCCUUUUGGAAACCCUGCAUCUCGAGCAUAACCAUCUCUCAGGAGAAAUUCCCAGUCAGAUAAUGUCGCUGCAGCGUCUAAGCCAGCUCAAUCUGGCCAACAACGAAUUGAGUGGUACAAUUCCAGAAACAAUGGGCUCCUUGCCCCUGCUAACAUCUGUUGAUCUAUCCGACAAUGAUCUUGAGGGCAGAAUCCCUGUGGAAUUAGGACUGCUAAGCUUAAGCGAGUUCAAUGUAUCAGGUAAUAACUUGUUUGGCCAUGUUCCUGAUGUUCUCAAUAAUUUGGCUUUCAAUUCGAGUUUUGAGGGCAAUCAGAAACUAUGUGGCGGCGGCCAAUUGCGGUUCCCUUCUUGUUCUUCCAACAGAAAACGGUCGGCAAGAAUUGUAGUAUUUGUGAUAGUGAUUGUGUUGUGUUGUGCAGCAGUAGUAAUAUGCAUAGCCUGUGUGUAUAACAAACGAUCAUUGAUCUGUAAACGCAAAAGCCCUAAUCAAGUGAGCCCAUGGGUAAGUGAGGAGCAAGGUAAAUGAAGAAAAACUUUAGGAUUUGUUGUUAGUUUUAUGAAGAAACCAUGCAAAAUGUUUGCAAAUCUUCCUGUAUAUAAAGCAUCCUUCUGUAACACAUUAAGCAAAAACUUCACAGCGAGACUGUUAAACUUGUUAUAUACAAGUUCACGGUGCAGUCUGUUCAGGAAUUCUGUAGUUUAUAAACAUGUUAUAAUGGCUUCAAGAAAACCCUGUGAAAGCUCACAAUUCCAAAAUCCCUCCAGAUGGCUUUGUU